UUACAUACGCAUAUUAUAUAUAUACAUAUAUAUAUAAACACUCAAGAUAAUACAUACCCUUUUCAUAGUUCAGUUUAAGUUUCUACUUUCAUCUUCUCUUAUUUGCUAUCAAUCAACUUUCAUGGCUCUCGAAAUGUUGAAUUCUCCAACCUCAGCUCCUCCACUGCUACGCCAUGAUCAUGACUUUGAAGAACUCCAGUAUUAUCUUCACGAACCAUGGGCCAAGAGGAAACGAACCAAGCGUCCGCGUCUCGAAAACCCUCCUACAGAAGAUGAAUAUUUCGCUAUCUGCCUCCUCAUGCUCGCUCAGGGCACCACCACUACUUCUACUACAACCACCGCCGACGACCGGUAUAACUCUCAUGCUGCUCCUCCGUCGCCGUCUUACAAGUGCAAGGUGUGUAACAAAGCGUUUUCGUCUUACCAAGCGCUUGGUGGGCACAAGACCAGUCACAGGAGCAAGCUCACCGGAGCUGAUCAUGACCAAUCCUCCACCAACAACCCCGCCACUGAUAUUAGUACUGGUUACGGGGGUGUGUUCAAAACGACUACAUUUAAUCAAAGUGGGAAGAUACACACCUGUUCGAUUUGCUACAAGACCUUUCCCUCUGGUCAAGCCCUCGGCGGACACAAGAGAUGCCAUUACGAUGCCACUGGUAACCAGGCGGGCGGUGGUGAUUUCGAUGGUGAUGGGAGCUGUGGUGACGAUAAUUACAAUCAAGUACUACUUGAAGGAGGUACUAUCAAGUUUCCGAGCUCCACGAGUCAACGUGACUUUGACUUGAAUUUGCCGGCUCCGGGAUUCUCACCGCCCUAUCUUCUUACUGACCAGGAUCGGAAAGGUCAACGGUUCGAGUAAAGUUAAGCUGAGAAAUCUUCGUCGGCGAGGCGGAUGCCACAUGGUUCAUACCGUGGCUGAUGAUUUCAGUUUUCACGACGUAAUAAGUGGGACUUUCAUGUUAUUAUUAUUUUGUCAUUAAAAUUUGUUUAAUAAAUUGUUUUUUGUUGACUACGUCAAAAAUAAUUAUAUAU